UCGUCGGUCGUUAUUGCUCAUUAUGUGCGCACCGAUACCGCGCGAUACACCUGUCUAACUGUCUUACAAACUGAAAAUGAAAUAAUUAAAAAAAUAGUUGAAAUUGUUUAAAUUGUUGAAUUUAUUGGAUGUGAACGGGAAUGAAAGUAGAAGUGUCACGCGUGUGUUAUUUUUAUUGUGUGCCCUUUAAACGUGAGUGAGUUAGGAUGUGUUAAUUUGAGAGUGUUUUGAAUUUGGCGUCUCGCGAUGGUGCGUAAGCAGUUGAUUCGGAUGCUGCGCGGCGGUGACAAGUACAGCUGCAAUAAACAAUCGCAGAUUCAGGGUGAUAAUGGACUCAAGGAUAAGGAUUAUCUAUGUCAUCAGGUGCUCGAGUAUGAGAAGGGACAAACUAUUACAGUUUUUGGAUACAGACCGAAUUUCCUCAAAACAAUCAUUAGUUAUCUUGGAAUUGUCUUAACACUCGGUAUAUUACGCCUAAUAUUCCACUGGUUCCCAAAAUUUUGGAUUCUCUGCACUCACGAUAGAGAUUAUCUCAAAACAUGUUCCCGGUUAUUAAUUGAAGAUAAUUACAGAGGAAAAUGGAAAACGUAUGCAACUGCCCCAAUAAAAAUAUUAACCCUACCAAAUUAUGGAAAACAAGUAUAUUACCUCAAGGACAACAUCCUUAAAGGUACUAAAAUAUAUUAAUUAUCCUUAAAAUAU